AUGGCACCCUCUUCCACAUCCUCCUCAGUACCCGCUGGCCCUCAGCAUGCCAAUCCCGACACCGAACCUGAGAAGCAGUAUGCCUCGAUUGUCCCUGAACAACAACCCCAGCAAGACCCACUGCAGCUCCAACGCACAGUCUCGAGCAGUCACCACGACAUGGUCAAUGUCCAAUAUGUUGCAACCGGCGACAACGACAUCAUCUACAACAAGUUCUCAAACAGUCGGAAACUAAUCAUCGUUGCCGUUGUGUCGUUUUGCAGCUUCCUCGCUCCCAUUUCUUCCACUACUGUCUUGUCUGCCGUUCCUGAGGUGGCUGCCACUUUUCAUACCGACGGCUCUAUUAUUAACGUGUCCAAUGCCCUAUACAUGCUCUUCAUGGGCUUGUCUCCAUGCUUCUACGGGCCAUAUGGCAACAUCUACGGCCGCAAGUGGGUUUCUGUAACGAGUGCUGCCUUGUUUACUGCCUUUUCCAUUGGCACAGCUCUGGCGCCGAAUCUGGCUGCCUUUUUUGUCUUUCGAAUCCUUACUGCGUUUCAAGGCACUGCGUUUUUGGUAAUCGGAUCGGCCGUCAUUGGCGAUAUCUACAAACCGGUGAGUAUUACUGAGCGCGCAACAGCACUGGGCUGGUUCCUCAGUGGCACGCUCAUCGGACCAGCACUAGGCCCCUUCCUCGGUGGCAUCAUCGUCACAUUCCGGACCUGGCGCGACAUCUUCUGGCUGCAGACGGCGUUGGCCGGCGCAGCAACCAUGUUCUGCUUCUUCCUCCAGCCAGAAACGAUCCACAAGCGCCGUGCCGAUGAGCUCCAAGGACUACCAAGGAAAGAGCGAGCCGUCAAAAUGUGGCAGUGGCUCAACCCCUUUCGCAUCAUCAUGUUGUAUCGCUACCCGAAUAUCCUUCUUACAGGAUUGGCGUCCAGUGCGCUCGUCUGGAACAUGUACUCGCUGCUCACGCCCAUCCGUUACGUCCUGAACCCGCGCUUUAACCUCGAAACGCCAUUGCAGUCUGGUCUCUUCUACAUUGCACCCGGAUGCGGAUACCUGAUCGGAACCUUUGUUGGCGGCCGCUACGCCGACCGCGUAGUCAAGAAAUACAUUCGCAAGCGCGGUCAGCGUGUCUCGGAGGAUCGCUUACGUAGCUGCGUCCUGUUCCUGGGUGUUAUGAUGCCAACGUGCAUGCUCAUCUAUGGCUGGAGUGUUGAGAAGCGUGUCGGCGGGGUCGCCCUACCCGUCAUUAUGAUGUUUCUGCAGGGCGUAGGCCAGCUUUUCUGUUUUCCUAGUCUGAAUACGUAUUGUCUGGAUGUUAUGCAGAGCCGGAGUGCUGAGGUUGUCGCGGGCAACUACUUUAUGCGAUACAUGUUUGCUGCCGCAGGAUCUGCUGCCUGUCUGCCAGCCGUUCGAGCUAUUGGCGUCGGCUGGUUCUCGACUAUUAGCGCUGCAUUUCUUGUUGCCGGCGCAGCGGGUACCUAUGUCACGGCGCUGUAUGGAAAGUCGUGGCGCAUGGCUAUUGACGAGAAGAAGGCGGCUAGUAAGGAGGGCGAAAAUAAAGUCUAG